CAGCAGGUUAUACUGCGGUAAUAGAUCUAUCUUUAUCUAGAAUUUUAGAUUAGAUCUACUUUAAAAAGUAAAGGAACUAGAUUCAAGAUCUCAAUCUAGAUUUUUGAAAUAAUAAAUCUAAAAUACAGUUACACUCAAGUUACAAUAAAGAAUGAAUGAAAAAACACGACCUUCAGAUCUGUUUAAAAUGGCUUGCGAGGGAGAUGUUGGUGUAUUGAAGAAAUAUGUGACAGAUACAUCUUUUCACAUAGACACAAGUGACACAUUAAACAAAACUGCUCUUUGGUUUGCAGUGGGAAGUGGUGAAGAGAUAGCUGUGAAAACUUUACUAGAGGCUGGUGCUAACAUCAACAAGAGGCACAGGUCUAUGCAGACUGUACUAAUGCUGGCUGUAGACAAGGGCAACAGCAAUAUGACAAAUCUCUUGAUACAGUGUGGUGCUGAACUGGAUAAUGUAGAUGCUUAUGGCAUGACUGCAGCAAUGAUAGCUACACAAAAUAAUCAUAUAGAAUGUCUCAAGUUGCUUGUCAGCCAUAGAUGUAAUCUAGAGGUGAAGGAUAUUAGAGGGAAAACUGCCUUAAUUCUUGCAAUCGAUGAAGGGCAUCCUGAUUGCUUGGAGACAUUAAUACGAUCAGGUGCUUCCUUGCAAAGUAUUGAUUAUAAUGGUGGUACUCCAUUGUUCAGAUGUAUCUUGACUUGUCAUUCUAAAUGUCUGAAGAUUCUAAUCCGUUCUGGUAUUGAGCUGAAUGCACUAGACAGACAAGGAAGAUCUGCUGUGAUGACAUGUAUUAAUAGAGAAUUGGAAUGCUUAAGUACACUGAUUCUUGCUGGUGCUGAUGUGAACUUAUCUGAUAGAAAGUUCAGGACUCCUCUCAUAAUAGCUGUAAAAUUACAAGAUUUCCAGGCUUUUUCACUUUUAAUUCAGGAAGGGGCAAAUCUGGAUAUACAAGACUAUCAUGGUAAUACAGCUUUAAUGAGAGCAACAAAAGCUGGCCUUGUGUCUUAUUUAGAUUUACUUUUGCAAGGAGGUGCCAACACUCAACUCAGAAAUUUUGCUGGAAAAGCUGCAUUAGAUUUAGCUGUUUUAAAAAGAAAUGACAACUGUUUAAAUUGUUUGCUGUUUAAUACCCAUAAUUUUAAUGUCAAUGCACAAUGUAACCUUGGUAGAACAGCAUUAAUGUAUGCUUGCAGUUUGUGUGAUGAGCAUCUAAUAAAAAUGUUGAUUCACUCGGGCAGUAAUGUGAAUUUAAAGGAUUUCGAAGGCAAAACUGCAUUAAUGUAUCUAGUAGACAAAUAUGAUGUUAGAAAAAAAUUGAAAACUACUCAGCAAAUCUCUAGUAUUGAUGUUUGUGUAACAAUACUGUUAAAUGCAGGAGCAGAUGUAAAUUCAUGUGAUCUAAAUGGAAGAACAACACUAAUGCUUGCAGCUGCCUAUUCUGACUCAUCCCUUGACACGCUGCUAACUUCUGGAGCUAACAUCUCAACUUUAAAUGCUGAAGGUAGAAAUGUCUUAUUCUAUGCUGCUUCAAAUCAACUUCAUAAUCACAUUGAAUUUUUAGUGGAGAGAGGUGGAGAUAUACAUUUGCCAGACAAAAACAAUGAGACUCUUUUAAUGUAUGUAAUAAAAUUAAGACCACACACAAUUGUUAGGAUGAACAAACAUGUCAGGACUGCUGCAGAUGUCAAAGCUGAAUUAUAUUUCAUCUCCAUGCUUGAAACAGUACUGAGGUGUGGGUCAGAUAUUCACAUGCUUGAUAAGACAUGCACAUCUGCCUUUAUGUAUGCCAUCAAGUAUUCUUUAGACUUUCCACAAUUGCAAUUAUUACUAAACUAUGGUGCAGAUAUCAAUGUGGUGAACAAGCAUGGUCAUUCAGCUUUAAGUUUGUCAAUAAGCACAUCACAAGAUUGUGAAUCUUUAGUCAGAUUUCUUCUGGAGCAUGGGGCAGAUCCCAACAUUGGAAUGUAUGAAGGGAAGUCUCCAUUUUCUUUGGGCAUAUUCUAUCGAAAUAUAGCAGUGUUGGAUCUUUUAUCUUCACAUAAAAUGUUUAAGUUUCAAUUUGAAGAUAUUCGUUAUUUGAUUGUCUAUGGGGAAAAAGAUUUCUUACAAAGGCUUAUUUCUAAAGGAUUCACACCAGCAAUAAAAUAUUCUCUUGUUUCAGACAGAAGGUUCUCAUUAAUAGCUACAUCAUACCAUGCCAAUGCGAUAGGAUUUUUGAAGUACUUCCUAGCAGUGAGUUAUCUUACAAUACACGAUACAUUGAAACCACCUUUAAAUGAGGAUUUCAGUUUUACAGAAAAAAGAUGGGCACAAAAAGUGCAGAGAGAAGAAAUCUGUAAACUUUUAGACAAUUUCUAUUCUCAGCCUUGGCCCUUGUCUAAGUUGUGUUUUAUCACAGUUUCUUCUCUUCUGGGCUAUGGAAAUGAUAGAAAAGAGAGAGUCAUGAGUUGUCCACUGCCAAUGAAACUGAAAAGUAUGUUAAUGUUUCAAGAACCUGUUGUGAAACUCUGUGGCUCACUUUGGGAUUCUAUCCCAUUGUAUUUUGAUGCUGCAAGCUAUGAAAGUAGCUCUUCACCUAGACCAUUACUGUACUACUGGCCAACUGGUCAACGUUUGGUCCAGUGUAAAAACUGUGAACAUUGUUCUGACCUAUGUUUUAGGUUUCUUUGAUCACUCUAUCAAACAUCAAUCUUGCAGUGUCAAACAGCAAUCUUACAAUAUCAAACAAUCUUACUAUUUGUUUUUGGCAAUGGCAUUACAAAAAAGGAAAAUCUUUCAGAUGCCCCC